AUGAGUCAAUCACCAAACCCCAAUCAGCAGAAUAUGAUCCUGAUGAUGCAGCCAGCGCAGGUAACGCAGCUUGUGGAAGCAUUAAAGGAGGAAUUAGCUCAGGGGAAGGCUGCAGGCGCUGACACAGCCAAAGCACGUCAACAUUUACAGAAAGCUAAUCAAAUCAAGCAAGUCUUGCUAAAAUACCAGCAGCAACAGAGGGCUCAACAGGCACGUGCAAAUGGACAAGCUGGUGCCACUUCUGGAAAUCAGGCACCUCAGGGCCAGCAGAUGACUGGCAUGGCCGCUGGUAAUCAAAUGGGAACAGGUGCUCCAGCUGCUACAGGCGCGCAAGCAUCGUCAAUGGGACAGCAGCAAUACACAAACACGAUUCCACCCGGAUCGGGGCGCCAGGGCAGCCCUUCGAGCAUGGUGAACACAGGAAUGGGCGAUGUUGCCCAGGGACGUCCAACAACAGGUGCAACAUCCGCUACGGGAUCUACGGGAGCCACGGGAGCCGCGGGAGCGUCAGGUGUCACCAAGGAGAAAUAUGACCAAGUUCGUAUUCGUAUUCAGGAUUUGGAGCGUAAAAUUCGGGCCUUGGAGACCAGUAAGCGGCCCGAUAUGAAAGAGGAAGAAACUAAACAGAUUAAUGACCAGUUGAACGAGUUCCGCCUCAAAUAUAGCCAGUACUCGAAGUUUGCGCUCUACAUGCGCAAUCAGUUGAUGGAGCAGUCCCGUGCAGCCUCGCUGACUGCAGCAAGCCCUGCACCCCGUGCUGGUUCUCCUGGUGCCAACAUGGGUGGUGGAGCUGCCGUGAGCUCUGCCCCUCAUAACAUCAACGUGCAAGCACCACGGGCAGCAGCCGCUACCACUGCUGGAUCGGCCCCAACUCCAGCAACCACCAAUCCAGCCGUAGUGGUUGCCAACGCCAAUGCAACAAGCAGUGGUGCACAAGACACCAGCAGACCAGCGUCAGCUCAAGCUUUGGGUCCACAAACAGGCGCAGGAACCCCCAACAAGGGUCUGAGUGCGUCCCCACAGCCUAAGGAUGGUGCAGGCGUGCCAGGCGUCAAUUUGCUGGGUAUUACAAAGCCCAGUGUCCCUUCGCUACCCAUUCUGAGCACAAUCAACGUGAAUCCUCCAACUCCAAUCACCUUGAAACCUGGAUCUAACAACAUGCGUCCAACCUUGGCUGGAGGAAGCGCCUCCGGUCUUGGACCCAUGAUGGGAUCUCCGGCAAUUGUGCGCAUGCCCACAUUUGACAUGGCAUCCACCGGUCCUAUCCCUGACAAUAGCGGACGGGUGCUCACAAAAAGAAAAUUGACAGAAUUGGUCAACACUAUCGGCGCUGAUGAGGGUGAUGGCAAAACGACUAUUGAUGGUGAUGUGGAAGAGUUGCUAUUGGAUCUCGCAGACGAGUUUGUACUGUCAGUUACAACUUUUGCAUGUCGUUUGGCCAAACACCGUAAGACAGAGUCAGUUGAUGUCCGCGAUGUUCAGUUACACCUCGAGCGUAACUGGAACAUUCGUAUUCCAGGCCACGCCAUGGAUGAGAUUCGUGGAAUGAGAAAAUGGCAGCCCAGCUCUUCCUACAACCAAAAGGUGUCUGGAGUGGAAAUUGCUAAGGCUGUCAACGGGAACAUCAACUAG